AUGAUAAAUAAUCUUAAGGGUUAUUUUUACAUAUACUCAUAGCCUUAUACGAACAUUUAACAGCACGCUCAGGUCAUAAAUAUUAUAUCCAUUUACUAACUCUUUGAUAUUAUUAUCUCAAUUAUUGAUGCAAGCACUUAAAAGGUGGAUAAUGCAAGAAUAAUGUUGAUAGUGAGAAUUAUUGUAUAAAUGAAUUAUAUGCAUAGAUUCAAGCAGGGUUAUUGGUUUUAUUUUGGUUGAUUUUUAAGUUUUUAAGAAAACUAAGAAAUGGAUUACUAAAUGUUGCUACUUUUACAUAUUUUAUUUUACUUUCUAUUUGCUGGACUGAAACUGACUAUUAUUUAUUUUAUGAAUUGAAUAAACCCUAUGCCAGUUAUACAGCUGAAAUCUAAACCCUUAUGCUAGGUUUGGUGUUAUUGCAAGAAUCUCAAAUAUGCUAAACAAUUUCUCUAUUAUUUUCGUUAUUUUACUCUCUUUUUCGGUAUAAAUUUAUCAUAAAAGAAUAGAAUCUAGAUAUUCUAACAUAAAAUCGAUAUUCUUUCUUCAAUUAGGAUAGUAUUAAUACACAUAGCAUUUUAAAUAUAUUUGUUGUAAUUGCCACAACAGAAGAAGAAAUUGAACAAUCAACUUGUAAUGUUGGGUCAAUAGUCCAACAAUUACCUUCCCAUAUAAAGCAACAGACAAUCUCAACCAAAUUAACAAUGGCGAAUUUCUACUUACCUGAAUCAACAAGAUUACGAGAUCAAAAAUAGAUAUACAUAACAAUUUAAAGAAAACGGAGUCAUUAUAUCUGAAGAUAACAGAUUGGACACCGAGAGGUAGAGCUUGGACUAGUUUUAUGAAAAUGUGUUGAAUAAUAUAUAAAUAGGAAUAUUUGUUAUAGACAACUUAUAAAGUGCAGUUAAGUCAAUAAACCCUUACAUGUCUCAUCUAGUAUUAAAGGAUGAUCAGUUAAGUGACGAGUUUCUGAAUACAGAGAUGUUUGAUUUUGGAAUUGCUUUUGAAGACAAUUUAACGGUUUUACCUAAAUUCCACAGAAGUAAAGACAUAGGCAAUUUUAUCAAAUUCAUGCAAACUCUUGAGUAAGUAUUUGAAUAAUUAUUAUUGUGCUUAGAGCAUAAAUUAUGAAAAUGGAAAUAUUGGACUAAAGGAAGUGUAAUUUUUUCAUAAAUCUAUGAAAAUCAAAACUCUGAUUGAACACCUGCUUCCAUUUUAGCAUUUUAAAUUCAGUCAAUGUCAAAACUUAAUAGAUUUCUCUCUCAAAAUAUACCUAAAAUAAGGUAUGUUUAAGUUAAUCCAAAAUUAGAUAAUCUAUAUACCAGUGUUGUGCUCUCCCCAAUAUUAUAAAGACACAAGCCUUAAUUAAUCUUAUUUGUAUCAGACCUUACUGAUGAACCAUUCAUGACACAAUUGAAUUAGUUUAAUUAAAAUAGUGAUAUAUUAGUCUCAGACAUAUCAUAGAAAAUUAAGUAACCUUUGAAUUGCACAAUUUCAAUGCUCGAAAUAACAAUAGUAUUUAUUAACUUUCUAUAUAGCAUUCUGUUCCAUUUGAAAUUCAGGAGAAGUUCUUAAAUCCAGCUCUUGCGGGUUGUAAAUUAUUGAUUAGUACAGCCAAUGAUAUUUUAGACUAUGUCACUAUAAGAAAAAAGGGAAAACUGGAGCUGUGUCAAAUGGAUGUUCAUAUAAGGUAAUCCAUAUAACAUAAAUUUAAAUUAGGGAAUUCGUUACUGAUUCAAUAAACAUUAUAAAAUCACAGGCAUUAUUUAGAGGACUACAGAUCUAAGUAAAUAUUCGGCAUAACGUACCUGCCUUUUUUAGAACAGAUCCUAAUAGAUUGAGAUAAAUCCUAUUGAAUUUAUUAGUAAGUUCGAUUCAAGCGACAAUAAAUGGAAUUAUUGUAGUGUCUGCAAACAAAUCAACUUUGAUGCAGGAUCACAUUGAACUCAUGAUAAAAGUAAAUGCAUCAGAAAUGAAUUAAUCGGUGCUAAAAACUAUUGAUAAAACAGUGAGAUUUUUUAAAUCCUAAAAUUUAAUGACAUCUUCUAUGAUAGAUUUAGCAAAUGCAGGUCGAAAAUAUAGUCAAUCUAUAUUGAUAGCAUUUUGUUUAUCGCUUAGCAUUUCUACAAUUCCAUUCGAAUAUCAUUAUGAGAAAAACAUUGAUCACGAAGAGAUUUGUUUCAUAAUUUAAAUUUAAAACAAAAAUCCAAAUUUCUCAUAGCAAUUAAAUUUCAAAAGAUAGUCUGCUCUCAGCAUUCAACAAUUGAACUUUAAAAAGUCUUAUUAAAUUGAUCAAGGAUUCAAAAAACAUUAAUCAUCAGGAUAAAGUCUGUAUGAUAAACCCAGCAUAACAAUUUAGGGGUAAUUUGAAAAAUAGAAAUUUAAAAAAUAACCCUUACAGUAAUAGAAAUAGCAGUCAUAAUCCUAAGGUUUAGGUAAUCAACCACAAAGAAAAGAUUCUGCAAUGAAAUUAUCAACAUCUUUUGGAUAGCAAAAUUAAUCUCGUUUUAUUGUACCAAGGACUUCAUAAGGAGAUAUUGAUAUUGAUUUUCUACCCACUUUUAAAACAAUAAAAUCUUAGGAUCAAAGCAGGAAGAUUAAAUAGGUGAUUUCUCAUUCGAAAUCAGAUAUAUCAAUAGUAUCUGAGUAGGACUCAAAGGAAUCAAAAGGCGCAAAUGAGAGUUCCCAUAAUAGUUUAGACUUAGGAGUUCAACUGGAUUAAUUUUUAUACAAUAAGACUGGGAAAACAAAUGAAGAUGGUUCUCCUUUGGUAAUAAUGUAAUAAUCAAUAAAUUACACUUACAAUAACAAAAGAGACUCAGUCUUAACAUUUGGUGGAAGAUCAAGUAUCUUCUCAUCAAUGAGAUAUUCGGCUAGUAUAAUGUAACCAAACGAUUUAAUAGACUGUUUUGAAAAGAUGGAGAAAAUUAAACAAUAAAAAUACACUCAAAAAUGCUAAGUAAGGAUUGUAAUCUCAUAUUUGUAGUGCCCGAAAAUUCUGAUUUGUGAGUAAAACGAUUUCGAUUUAUAUGCUGUCUCUCAUCAACUUGGUAACAUUGGGAUGAAUUUUGAUUACAUCGUGUAGAGAACUCAAAUACACGAGAAAUUAAAAACUGCGUAUGAGGUUGAAAAGUCUUGUUGCAAGGGAUACUAAUUGAUAUUUAUUAGUGUAGAGUAUGUUGAUGAAGAAUUAGGGGAACAGUGUAACUUAAUUAAAAACAUCAACUCUGAAUUUAAGAAGGAAGCUCGAAUCAUAGGAUUAAUAGGGUUUCAGGAUGACGACAAUAGGAAUGCCAUAAAGAAGUUGCCCUUUCAUGAUUUCCUCUCAAAACCAUUGAUGAUAGAUGCGUUAUUGUUUAUAUUAGCUAAGUGGGUGAAAUUGUGA